CCUUUGCUCAGCGGGCGGAAGCGCAGUUCGACGUGAGAGGGCGGGAGGAGGGGUCUUUGGUGGCGGCUGUUCCGGUCUCGAGGGGUUUCCUGGUUUGCAGCAGGCAGCGCUAAUAAAAUACUUGCCAUGAUGUUCAGUGGAUAUGCUGAUGCAGAAGCAUUUGAAGAUGAUCCUUAUUCUGAAGAGUCUUCCAGUGAAACAAGCAUUGAUAGUGAAGUAGAAUUUCAUCUUUACAGUCAAGUCCAUUAUGCACAAGACCUUGGGGAUGUUGGGGAAAAUAACAAUAAGGAUGUCAAAGGACAAGAAGAAUUUAAGUCCUUCAAAAAAGAAAAAUCGGAGAAUGAACAAGAUCAGAGAAAUAACUUAAUUGUCAUUUCAGAUUGUGAUGUUAACAUUUCGGACAGCUCAGAUAUCAUAAUAUUGUCUGAUAGCCCUGAGGAAGAUAGCAUUUAUGAAAGUAAACUCCAGAAACUAACAGCAUCAGCGUCUCCAACAUUACGUAAAUUAAAUAAGGCUGCUUACUCUCGUGCCAAAAAAUCUAUUGAACACCCUUCCCGGCCUAUCCUGAAAUCUGAGGAUCAGAUUACAGUAAAUUCAAGUAAAGCAAGAAAGGCUGAUGAAAAGGCAAUCUUAAAUAACCAGGAUGAUGUUCACAUGAUUCACAGAGUUUUAGUAACUGAGGACAGCUCCAGCAGCGAUGAUGCAAUUGAUGUGUCAAGUAUAUCCUCUGAAAGUGAUAAUGUGGAGAGCUGGAUGCUGCUGGGAAGUGCCGCAGAUGACAAAGAUGAUGAUAUCCUGCUAAAUCUUGAAGGCUGUAGAACUUCAGCCAGUGGAGGAGAAGAUAGAACAGGAUGGACCAUCAGUGAUAAAGACUUACAGGCACAGAUUGGUAAUUAUGUUUCAGUGCGACAUAACAACAGAUACUACACAGCGGACAAAAACGUCACUUGCAGAAAUUGUGAUAAACGAGGUCAUUUAUCAAAAAAUUGUCCUGCCCCAAAGAAAAUUCCACCCUGUUGUCUUUGUGCAGAGAGAGGUCACCUACAAAACAGCUGUCCAGAACGAUUUUGUUUGAAUUGUUGUUUGCCAGGACACUGCUCUAGAGAGUGCCCUGAGAGAAUGUACUGGAAAAAACAUUGCAACCGCUGUGAUAUGAGAGGUCAUUAUGCAGAUGCUUGCCCAGAAAUAUGGAGGCAGUAUCACCUAACAACUAGACCAGGACCACUCAAGACAGCUGACUCUUAUUCUGUGCAACCUGCUUCAGCAUACUGUUACAACUGUGGAAAGAAAGGCCACUAUGGAUUUGUAAGUCUCUUAAUGUUCUGAAUAAACAUAUUUGCUGGGUUACUUUGAUUUCUGAUAAGAUCCAUAUUUGUUUUUCAAUUUCUAUAUAACAAAUUGCAUACCACAUACUUAUUAAAAAAUUCUGCAAAUGAUCUAGAAAAAACUAGAUGUAUGUAUUCCCAAUCAUCCUUCCUGUAAUUUAAGCCCAAAACAUAUAAAGUUGGAUAUAGUGUUGAAGUAGACAGUUGUCGAGUAGAAUAGAAUAGAAUAGAAUAGAAUAGAAUAGAAUA